GGUGACGCCAACCCUCUUCCAUUUUCCUCCGCCUCUGGUUGUCAAGAAGAUGGCAGCUUCCAGGCAGGCAUGAGAGGAAAUACUUCUUCAAAAAUCGAAUGAAUUUGGAUUAUUGCCGCAAGAUACGACCACAUACCAGUGUUUUUGCAAUUACUGCAUCGAAAUAAAAAUCAUGUCUGCCCCUGGCUCCGCGGUGUCUGGGACCAUGGCGUCGGUUCUGCAGCCGCGGUGGAAACGGGUCCUGGGAUGGUCCGGUCCCGUUCCCCGGCCCAGGCAUGGACACAGAGCUGUAGCUAUAAAGGAGCUUAUGGUUGUCUUUGGAGGUGGAAACGAAGGGAUUGUGGACGAAUUACAUGUAUACAACACUGCAACAAACCAGUGGUUUAUCCCAGCGGUCCGUGGUGAUAUUCCCCCUGGUUGUGCUGCAUAUGGUUUUGUCUGUGAUGGCACAAGAUUGCUGGUAUUCGGUGGCAUGGUGGAGUAUGGAAAGUACAGCAACGAUCUCUAUGAACUACAGGCCAGCAGAUGGGAAUGGAAAAAGUUGAAAGCAAAAAACCCGAAGAAUGGCCCCCCUCCUUGUCCUCGUCUUGGCCACAGUUUUUCCCUGGUUGGCAACAAAUGCUAUCUGUUUGGUGGACUAGCCAAUGAUAGCGAGGACCCAAAAAACAACAUUCCCAGAUACCUAAAUGAUCUGUACACACUUGAGCUUCGUGCGGGUUCCAGUGUGGUUGGAUGGGAUAUUCCAAUCACAUAUGGAGUUCUGCCUCCUCCCCGUGAGAGUCACACUGCUGUGGUAUACACAGAAAAGACGAGCAGGAAAUCUCGCCUCAUAAUCUAUGGAGGGAUGAGUGGUUGCCGCCUUGGAGAUCUGUGGACACUUGAUAUUGAUACCCUGACAUGGAACAAACCAUCAGUAAGCGGAACAGCACCGCUCCCCAGAAGUCUGCACUCUGCCACUACCAUCACAAACAAGAUGUAUGUUUUUGGAGGAUGGGUUCCAUUGGUAAUGGAUGAUGUCAAAGUGGCCACACACGAGAAGGAGUGGAAGUGCACAAACACUCUUGCCUGCCUAAAUCUAGACUCCAUGUGUUGGGAGACAGUAUUGAUGGAUACUCUUGAAGAUAACAUCCCUAGGGCCCGUGCUGGCCACUGUGCUGUAGCCAUCAAUUCCAGACUCUAUGUUUGGAGUGGCCGUGAUGGUUAUCGUAAAGCUUGGAACAACCAAGUCUGUUGUAAAGACCUCUGGUACCUCGAAACAGAGCGUCCACACGCCCCUGCCAGGGUGCAGUUAGUCCGUGCCAACACAAACUCUCUUGAGGUGAGCUGGGGCGCUGUCUCAACUGCUGACACCUACUUACUACAGCUGCAAAAAUAUGACAUCCCUGCAACUCCAGCCUCACCAGCCAUGAGUGCCACCCCCGUGCAGCCUGUGAACUCUCCAAAGAGCCCCUCACCGGCUGUUGCAGCACUCUCUGCUCAGAGCUUACCCCAGACAGCGGUCUUGAAGGUUGCAGCUCAACAGUCUGCCACAGGCACAUCUGUUGUCACAGUCCGCCCCAGCCAGCCUGGGAAAUCCCCUGUCACUGUGACAUCCCUUCCGCCAGGUGUCCGAAUGGUAGUGCCUGCCCAGACCACCCAAGGAUCGCCAAUUGGGAGCAGCCCUCAGAUGAGUGGCAUGGCAGCUUUAGCUGCAGCAGCUGCAGCAACACAGAAGAUCCCGCCCUCUGCAGGCACUGUCCUCAAUGUUCCUGCAGGUGCCACCAUUCUCAAAACAGUAGCCGUUUCGCCUGGCACAACCACAAUGAAAAUGGCUUCUCCAGUCAUGGUCAGUAACCCGGCCACCCGGAUGCUGAAAACAGCUGCAGCCCAGGUGGGCACAGCAACUGCAUCCUCUCCCACCAACACCAGACCCAUCAUCACUGUGCACAAGUCUGGUGCAGUCACAGUGGCUCAGCAGGCCCAAGUGGUAACCACUGUGGUAGGAGGAGUCACCAAGACCAUUACCCUGGUCAAGAGUCCUCUCACCAUGGGCAGCAGUGGCACUCUGAUCUCCAACCUUGGCAAGAUGAUGUCUGUGGUACAAACCAAGCCAGUGCAGACAUCAGCUAUCACAGGCCAGGCUUCCACUAACCCUCUCACACAGAUCAUACAGACAAAAGGUCCCCUCCCAGCCGGCACCAUCCUGAAACUAGUGACCUCCGCAGAUGGCAAGCCCACAACCAUCAUCACCACUUCCCAGGCAGGAGGCACAGGAAACAAGCCCACUAUACUGAACAUCAGUGGUGUCUCUCCCUCCACCACUAAGCAGGGCACCACCAUCAUUAAGACCAUCCCCAUGUCAGCCAUCAUGACCCAGCCUGGAGCCACAGGUGUGACAAGCAGUGCAGGCAUGAAAACGCCUAUCACAAUCCUUACCACAAAGGUGAUGACCACUGGAACUCCUGGUAAAAUCAUCACUGCGGUGCCCAAACUUGGCACUGCAGCCGGCCAACAGGGAUUGACACAGGUGGUUUUGAAGGGUGCUCCUGGGCAACCUGGCACUAUUUUGCGCACUGUGCCUAUGAGCACAGUUGGCGGUGUUCGACUUGUUACACCAGUGACAGUGUCUGCUGUUAAGCCCACUGUUACCACUCUGGUUGUCAAGGGGACUACUGGUGUUACCACUCUUGGGACUGUCACUGGUACAGUCUCCUCAAGCCUGGCAGGAGGCACGGUGGACAGUUCCAAUGCCUCUCUGGUCACCCCCAUCACCACACUGGGAACCAUCGCUACCCUGUCCAGCCAGGUCAUUAGCCCAUCUGCCAUAACUGUGUCAACUGCUCAAACCAGCCUGACUUCUGCCUCCACGUUGCCCUCCUCUACCAUGACAGUGCAGAACCAGCCCACCCAGGUUACUCUGAUCACAACUCCCAGUGGUGUAGAAGCUCAACCAGUGCAGGAUUUACCAGUGUCCAUCCUGGCUUCGCCAACCUCUGAGCAGCCCAGCUCUACUGAGGCUGGAUCAGCUGGAGAGGGCUCUGGGACCGUCACCCUGGUCUGUUCUAACCCGCCCUGCGAGACCCACGAGACAGGAACCACCAACACGGCCACCACCUCCUCUGCCACCAUUGGAGCAGGACAGGUCUGUUCUAACCCACCCUGCGAGACCCACGAGACAGGAACCACCAACACAGCCACCACCUCCUCUGCUGCAAUUGGAGGACAGGUGUGCUCCAACCCGCCAUGUGAAACGCAUGAAACGGGGACAACCAACACAGCCACAACUGCAUCAUCAAACAUGUCUGCACCGCGCAUGUGCUCCAACCCACCAUGCGAGACCCAUGAAACUGGGACAACUAACACAGCUACCACAGCAUCGGCUAACAUGGGAAGCGACCAGGCCAGCACAGCGACAGACCAGGUCAAGACAGUUUGCUCCAACCCACCCUAUGAGACCCAUGGGACAGGGACCACCAACACAGCCACUAAGUCGUCAUCUAACAUGAAUGCAGGCCAGACGAGCACUGUGCAGAGAGUGUGCUCCAACCCACCCUGUGAAACACACAAGACGGGGACCACCAACACCCAGUCCACAGCCUCCUCCAGCAUGGGAAGCGACCAGACCAGCACAGCUUCUGGCCAGGUCCAGACGGUUUGCUCCAACCCACCCUGUGAAACACACGAGACGGGGACCACCAACACCCAGUCCACAGCCUCCUCCAGCAUGGGAAGCGACCAGACCAGCACAGCUUCUGGCCAGGUCCAGACGGUUUGCUCCAACCCACCCUGUGAAACACACGAGACGGGGACCACCAACACCCAGUCCACAGCCUCCUCCAGCAUGGGAAGCGACCAGACCAGCACAGCAACAGGCCAGGUCCAGAGGGUGUGCUCCAACCCACCCUGUGAAACGCACGAAACUGGGACCACCAACACCCAGUCCACAGCCUCCUCCAGCAUGGGAGCUGACCAGACCAGCACAGCAACAGGCCAGGUCCAGACGGUUUGCUCCAACCCACCCUGUGAAACACACGAAACUGGGACCACCAACACAGCCACCACUGCCACCUGCAGCAUGGAGACAGGCGAAGGCACAGCAGCCCAGCAGACAGAGGAGGGAGCAGAAGGUACCAGCAGCACAGAAGUGGCCUCUACUGCAGCAACGGGCAUAGUUACCACCCCCCAGGGCAGGGCCAUCACUACUGUCACUCAGUCUACACCAGCCCCUGGACCAUCUGUACCUUCGAUCUCAUCAAUCACAGAGGGUGUGAGUCCCAGCUCCACAGAGGAACCUAUGCAAACAGAUGAGACGGCAUCAGCAGAAGCUGCACCUGCAGUGGAGGGAGCCACCGCUAUGCAGACACAAGUGGAGGGAGAAGCAGCCACAUCUACAGCCUUGAAUCUUCCCUCAGAGCUGAUGUCUGAGGGUCAGGGCGCCACACUCAUGGUGACAGGGCUGUCGGAUGAGGAGCUUGCUGUGACUGCAGCGGCAGAAGCCGCUGCUCAGGCAGCAGCCACUGAAGAAGCCCAGGCCCUCGCUAUCCAGGCUGUCCUCCAGGCAGCCCAGCAAGCCGUAAUGCAUGAGGGCAAUUCCACUGGAGAGAGCCAGCAACCCACCAACAUCCCCAUCAUGUUGACCCAGCAGGAGCUUGCAGCACUGGUCCAACAGCAGCAGCAGCUGCAGGAGGCUCAGGCUGCUGCACAGCAGGCUGCCAUGGACACAAGUUUGCCUACUGAAGGCCUCGCCCCUGCGGACAGCCUCAACGACCCCUCUGUCGAGAGCAACGGACACAAUGAGAUGGCUGCCGCUGUCACCAGUGCUGUGGCAUCACUGCUGCCACGUACUACUGCUGAGACCCUCGCUCCAUCAAGCACAUUUGCACCCUCUGUUUCGGUGGCAAGUCCAGCCAAGCUGCAAGCAGCCGCUGCUCUAGCAGAGGUCGCCAAUGGGAUCGAGGGAGAGAAGCAAGCCCCUCAGCCAACCCCAGUGAAGCCUGUUGUAAAAAAAGAGAAUCAGUGGUUUGAUGUUGGAAUUGUUAAAGUGACAAAUAUGGUUGUCACCCACUUCUAUAUGCCAGGAGAUGAUUCUCACGGAGAUGAUGACUCUGGCGUCAUGCCAGACUACGGCCAGAUGAAGAAAAUGGAGCUGCAGCCUGGAACAGCUUACAAGUUCCGUGUUGCUGGAAUCAACGCUUGUGGUCGUGGAUCUUUCUCUGAGAUAUCUGCUUUCAAGACUUGCCUGCCAGGCUUCCCAGGGGCACCUUGCGCCAUCAAAAUCAGCAAGAGCCCAGAUGGUGCCCACCUGACCUGGGAGCCACCCUCGGUGACGUCGGGGAAGAUCAUCGAGUACUCUGUGUACUUGGCCAUCCAGAGCAACCAGACAGCUGAAGCCAAGGCCUCCACCCCAGCACAGCUAGCCUUCAUGCGCGUGUACUGUGGACCCAACCCCUCUUGCUUGGUGCAGUCGUCCAGCCUCUCCAACGCCCACAUCGACUACACCACCAAGCCAGCCAUCAUCUUCCGCAUCGCCGCCCGCAAUGAGAAGGGCUACGGUCCCGCCACCCAAGUUCGAUGGCUGCAAGAAUCUGGCAAAGAUGCCGCCUCUGCAAAACCAGCCCCCAAAAGACCAGGCACCUCUCCUGAUACUAAGGCUACUGGUCCAAAGAAAGCAAGGACGGACCAGUGAGGUCGCCCAGAGACCCCUCCCAGUCUUUUGUCCUUUUUCCACUUGCUGUCCUUUUAUCAGGAAGACUGACCUUCAACCCUCCUCCUCAUCCUCAUCCUAAUCUCAUCCUCCAUUCUCAAGUCUCAGAGCAAGACAGCAAUGGAGGCAGAACAACCGUAUGAAGCCGAGAUGAAAGUCAAUCUGAGAGAUUUUUCUGUAGAUAAAAGCCCUCCUUCCUCCUCGUUCUGUUGGUUGUACUAUUUUUAGAGCAACACAAACUUAGAAGCACAUUAUCUUUUUCAGUCACAUCCCUUUCCAUCGUUUAACAUCUAUUUUUGGCUUGUUUCAGUAGUUGAGCAGUAUAGAGAAGCAUUUACAUCUUUCACAAACUGGGAGCCUGAGCGCAAGGUUACCUUUUUUUUUUCUUUGUUUUGUGAAUCCUGGGGGGAUGUAGAGAGAGACUACACAAAAUGAUGUACAGUGUUGAAAAAGGCUGGGGAGACAUUAGUUUAGAUGAGAGGAAAAAUCGGUAUGGAUACAAAUAAAGCACUUGUCCUCAACGACAGAGGACAUAAUUUUUUCUUUUUCUUUUUUUUUUGGCUCAUAAACAAAUUUGCUUUGAGAACUGAGUCUGUAUUCAUCAUACAGGACUCAAGUCUCCUGGUAAUGUCAUUACUGUGCGCUUUUUACCCCAAGAUGAGGACUGGUGGCCGACACUUCAAAGUGGACAAAAAAGAAUGACGAAGAGAUUUGUAGAGAAUGAAUGACAGACUUUGCUAGGACUGAGACUUGCAGCACACACAAAAAAAUCUUGCAAAAUCUUCCCAAAAAAUUAGCAAGCAAUGAUGCAGAAGAUCUUUUGUGUAGUUUAUUUUUGUAUUUUUUAAGCUUUUUUUCUCCUGUGUGUAUGUGUAUGUUGUGUGCAUUUUUAAAAACAUCACUUUUUUUAACCGUUGUUCAUCCCCAUAGUUUGUGUUUGUGGGAAGAUUGGUGGCUAUGUUGAAGUUGCCACUAUAUUUUUUAAAAAUCUUCAUUCAGUUGGUUGUAUGUUCUCGUUGUUAACAGAUGGUAAUGAGAGAAAGACUUGUAUUUGUUCCAAGUAGACCCCACAGGUUAUUGAGAAUGAAGGGAACUUUUAAGUGGACCCAGAGAGAGGAGAGUUUUACUUUGUUUACUACCCUAUGCUUGUGUUGCUUUGCUUGCCAAACAUGAAUUUCAUGGGCUAUGAGGAAAAUAACAUCAGAUCUUUUCAUACGUUUCCCCUAAUAUCCCCAAUCAGAUGUCCUGCGCUUUUUAUGCUCAUGAAUGUUUUGUCUUACCUCUUCUUUAAUUUUUAGAAUGGCAAAUUAUAUAAGUAGACAUAUUUUCCCUAUCCUAUUGAUGUAUGUGAAUCCAUUUAAUAAAUUUUAAUUUUUUCCUUC